UAUCGAUACAAAAAUGCUUAAACUAAUGUAAUUAUGUAAAUUAUUAAAUCUUAAGAUGAUUACUUCACAAAUAUUCGGAAAAUGUAUUGAUAUUUUGAAAAAGUGUUAGUUCCCAUGAACCACUAGUUUCGCCAUUUUGAAAAAACGUCUCUGACUUGAAGAUGUAAUCAGAAAAUGAAGAGGACUUGGCUCAUCGUUCAACUAAUUGCCUAAUCUUAAAAGUUUCACCAGCAUCAUCAUUAUGGAUCCAGAAUAUGAAAAACGCCUACUUAGACAACAAAAUGGUGGUUCACCUUACUCCUCUCCAUAUUCAUCACCAUUGUCGCUUAGUCCGGGAAGCCCACUAUCAUCACCUAGUAAAGACAAAUAUGGUGACAGAUUUAUACCAGCGAGGGCAGGGGCAGCAUGGCAUAUCAACUUUAAUUUAAAUACAGAAAGUCCCAGGCAGUCCCCAGUUGCCAGUAGGAAGGCAAGGGAGGUUGCCAACGACCAGGCAAAAGAUGGGCUGGCCUACAACUGUCUCCUGAAGAAUGAGCUCCUCUCAGCCGGCAUUGAAGAUCUGAAGGACCAACAGCCAGAUGAACGAAGAAUACUUGUACCAAAAGAAAGCAAAAAUUUAUUCAGGUUUCAUGUCCCACGCAGAAGUUCAGACACAGAAUCCUCACCAUAUUCUCUCUCACCAGUUGGUAGCAAAAGUCAGAAACUAUUACGAUCACCUAGAAAGGCUGUCCGAAAAAUAUCGAAGAUACCAUUUAAAGUAUUAGAUGCACCCGAACUUCAAGAUGACUUCUAUUUGAAUCUUGUGGACUGGUCAUCUCAAAAUGUGCUCAGUGUUGGUCUGCAUACAUGUGUGUACUUGUGGAGUGCGUGCACCAGUCAGGUGACACGACUGUGUGAUCUCUCAAACGACGGUGACAAAGUGACCUCAGUAUCUUGGGCAGAGCGGGGCAAUCUCGUAGCUGUGGGUACACAUAAAGGGUAUGUACAGAUCUGGGAUGUGGCAGCAUCGAAAAAAAUCAACACACUUGAGGGGCAUAGUGCAAGAGUUGGUGCUUUGGCAUGGAACGGAGACAUGCUGUCAUCGGGUAGUCGAGAUCGACUUAUCCUUCAGCGAGAUAUACGCACACCAUGCAUCGCCCCAGAGCGACGUUUGACCGGCCAUAGACAGGAAGUGUGUGGACUCAAAUGGUCACCAGACCAUCAGCACCUAGCCUCGGGGGGCAAUGACAAUAAAUUGUUUGUGUGGAACAUGAACAGUGUGUCCCCUGUGCAAACCUAUACAGACCAUCUAGCGGCUGUGAAGGCUAUAGCGUGGUCUCCCCACCAGCAUGGCUUGUUGGCCAGCGGGGGCGGUACUGCAGACAGAUGUAUUCGCUUCUGGAACACGCUUACAGGGCAACCAUUACAGAGUGUGGACACUGGUUCUCAAGUGUGCAAUCUCGCUUGGUCCAAACAUUCUAACGAACUGGUGAGCACCCACGGCUACUCUCAGAACCAGAUCCUGGUGUGGAAGUACCCCUCUCUAGUCCAGAUAGCCAAACUCACAGGCCAUUCAUUCAGAGUGUUGUACCUUGCAAUGUCACCAGACGGUGAAGCCAUAGUAACUGGUGCCGGGGAUGAGACCCUUCGCUUCUGGAAUGUCUUCAGUAAAACACGCUCCACUAAGGAGUCUAAGUCUGUGCUGAAUUUGUUCACUCGUAUCCGGUAAACUGUGUUCCAGUCAACUAGAAAUUUGCCACCAAAAAUCAUGUCAUUUGGAAUUUUACUUGUACUUUAUUUUGAUUGAUACAUGCAUGCAGCAUUUUCACUGUGUAUAUGUUAAUUUAUAAAAGCCUUUGAUAUUUAGUUUGGUAUGAAUGCAGGUGUGGUGUGCCUAAUCAUGAGCAAAUGGUUCAUAAUAAGUUGAAGAUUCUGUGUAUUUUCUCAGCUAAACUUGUGUUAUUGAUAAAGUUCAAGUCAUUACUUUAAAAUCAUGAUUUGUAUUUUAAUCUUUUCUUUGGUAAAUCUACUUUACACUAUUUUAGAACUGUUUUAUUAUCAUAUACACACACCCUUUAUGUAAUAGGUUAUAUUACAAUUUUGUACAUUUUUGGGGUACGGGCAUUUUGUUGUGCUUUAUUGUUUCUAUCUUUUUAUGGGAAUUAUACAUGUUUUAUGUAUUGGGAAUUUCUAAACAAUGUGGAAAAAAAAAGAAAAAGAUACAUGUACAUCUUCAUUUGAGUAAUUAUGGCACAUUAUGAUAUGCUUGUCUUGAUUGAUUCAAGACAGCUAUUCAUUGUUAACAAGUUAAAUAGAUUACCUAAAGUGAGAAUUCAGUUUUUUAAUAAGAAUUUUUGUUGCGGAAUGUAUCUCAUUUAAAAAACUAUAUUUGACCAUAUGUACUCUGUGGACAUCAGAUUCUAUUUAAUACAUAUCCUUUCUUGGUUGGUGCAUUUUAAAUGCUUUUCUCACACUAAAGUUACUGGUUAAACUCUUACAAAUAAUACAAAAACCAGUUGUACAAAAAGAAUUACUACCAUAUGGAUUUUGCAAAGUUGGCUCUAAUAGUAAUAAUUAUCAACGUUAUUAUGCGUUACCGCUUGUAUAUAUAGAUAAAAGUAUUAACAAAUUAUUAAAUGGUUAAAUUUGCAUUGUAAUUGUUUGUCAGAUCAAAGUAUUGGUGAAAUUGGCCAGUAAAAGACACUUUGCUUUGGACAUCAGACAACGGGUUGUGUUCUUCAAUGCACUUUUGUAAGAAAAGCUAUCAUUUACUUUAAGUAAAAAAAAUGAAGAGAAAAAGUAUUUUCGAUUCUUUCAUCCCACGAAGAUAUAAUAAACUAUUAUUGCUUUUUUCAUAUUUAAUAUUGUUAAUUAACAGUUGAGCCUGUAGACUUGUUUAAAAUGGCAAAUAUACAAUACAAAACAAAUGAUGCUCAAUUACAACAUAGUAUCAAUCAAUGUAGGUUGAAAGAUUAUUGUGAAUGUUGAAAAUGUUUUAUUGUGGAUUGCUUGUAGAAAUUGUGCAAUAGUUUGAUGUUUUUCCAGGUGAGAAUAUCAUGCGUGAUUUCUGUUGAUUGUAGCGUAGCAAGAGUCUUUUAUAAUAUAUUGUAAAAACUGUUUUAUUUAUAAUUGUGUUGUUUGAUUCGUGUUCAGUUCUGUGUACGUUCUGCAUUUCAGUUGUUAACAUAUUUAUGUUUAUCAUUUGUUCCAGUUUUAAUUUCGUUUCAUGUACUUGUACCAUCUUUUAAUAACAAUUUGAGCUGCACUCUGGAGAAACAUGGCAUAAUGCAUAUGCAGUCCAAGCAGGCUGAUGUUGGAUGACAUUUUCUGUACAAAAAGGAUUUUCUUCAACAAGAGAUUAAAAAAAGAAAUUCAUGAAAGCGGAAAGUUGCAGUCUCUGCUAAUCUUGAGACUACAUAUAAGCACAUGCUUUAAGCCUGGUUUUCCCAGAGCAAGGUGCAAAUUCAAAUGUGGCCAAUUCUAAGUACAACAUGCACAUUAAUUUCAUAUAUGGUCACUGUUAGCUUGCAAUUUAUUGGAACUAUUUCGAUUUUUUCCUAAUUUUGAUUAUCAGGACGCAUUGUCCUCAGUAUCAUUCUUGCGAUCUGAUCUAGAAUAUCAUAUAGUAAAAUUCAAAUACAUAAGACUAAGAAGCCCUGUUGAAGUCAUUUCACAGACUUAGUGUUUUGCCAUAGUGUCCUGUCCAUAUAUGAUAAACAUGAUAAAACAAAUCAUAAUGUUUAUCAAGCUUAAUGAAUAUCUUCAAUCAGUCUGAUUAUAUUGUAAGGUAUGUAAUUAAAAGGGAAACAUAUUCAGUUAUUAAUUAACCGUGUAAGUAAAUAUGUAUUAAAAAGUUUAUAUUUUGUUUGUUUCAUUUAGAGAGUUUGUUUAUUGUACUGUAUAUUAUUUUAAUUAAAAACAAAAUAAACUGGAAA